AACCCUUUCCUUUAAUGGUGGAUUCCAAAUUAACCUGUUCUUCAAUCUGUCAAGCAUAAACCCCACUUUUUGCUGCCAUAAAUUCCUCUUGAGCCUUCUCCAAAAUAGCCAUCUUAACACUUUCUCUACCUAAGUACAAAGGAAAAAGAAGAUGGUUUCUCGUGGUGUGGUUAAAGAACCAGCUCAAUUUGGACCAGGUCCAUGGGGUGGGGAAGGAGGUAGACUCUGGGAUGAUGGAGUCUUUUCUGUUAUUAAGCAGAUUUAUUUGACAAAAUCACCUGAAGGAAUUUGCUCAAUUCAAAUCGAGUAUGAUCGAAACAAGCAAUCUGUAUGGUCUGUGAAGCAUGGCGGUAAUGGGGGAAGCACCACACAUAGGAUAAAAUUGGAGUAUCCAAAUGAGGUUCUGUCUUGCAUAUCCGGCUAUUAUGGUUCACUUACUACCGAUGAACAAGAGAUAGUGAUUAAGUCCCUGACUUUCUAUACUAGUAGAGGAAAAUACGGACCAUUUGGUGAUGAAGUAGGGAAAUUUUUUACUUCAACCACAACAGAGGGAAAGGUGGUAGGUUUUCAUGGGAGGAGUAGCAUGUAUUUGGAUGCUAUUGGGGUCCAUAUGCAGCACUGGUUGGGAAGUCAGAAAACUUCAAGAUCAUCAUCCCUCUUCAAGCUAUUUUGAUUUGUGAAGAAUAAUGAAGUGUGAGCAGUGUGAUCACAUUGUUACUUGUAUACUAUCUAAAUAAUGAUUUGUCCUUAUUCUAUUCUAAGUUCCUAAUUAUACAUUCAAACAUAAUAUCAAUUGCAAGAGUAACAUGUGACAAUUAUUUUUCAGUCCAAUCAUCUAUGUACAUGUAAACAAAUAAAAUUGAUUUCAUUA